AUGUACUUCCAGAAUUCAUUAGUCAGCAUCACUUUACUCGCUAUGGUUGUAUGCAUCAACGCAGAUGUCUCGCAUUUGUCGCGUAACUAUUUGCCUCCCUCAUCGGGAUCUCGUACCGUCACGUUUAAUGCGGCUACAGGAUAUUCGAACGGUGCUGGCAGCAGCGCUCAUCGUUACUCAGCACCAUCGAGCUCAUUUAGUUCCUCGUCACGUACAAGUGGCUUUUCAGUGCCUGCUGCACCAUCGCGACAAUACCUUGCUCCAGCGGCAGUCCAAAAGCAAGCAGUGAGCUCAUAUCGUGCUCCAUCUGCAAGUUAUAGCGCACCUUCGGCGCCGGCAGUAUCUUAUCCUGCACCGGCGGCUACCUACAAUGCCCCAGUCGUUCAACAACAUGCUUCUGCCCCAACCCAAUAUCGUGCACCAUUUUUAUCGCAAAGUAUAUCAUCCGGUUUUUCAGUACCCGCAGCACCAUCGAGGCAAUAUCUUGCCCCUGCUACAGUGCAAAGACCAGCUUCGGCAAAUGUAUAUCGCGCUCCUGCUCCAGCUCCAGUCUAUAGCGCACCCGUUUCCGUCAGUCAUAGCGGUUUGUCGGCUUCACAUAGAGCUCCUAAUUCAUAUAGCGCUUCUGCUCCGGCCUAUCGUGCUCCAGCGGUUCAGUAUCAAAGACCCGCUGCCACCUAUAGUGCACCAGCUGCUGGUAGCUACCGCGCCCCAGCUGCUACUUACAGGGCGCCAGCUUUUUCGUCAGGCAGUAUCUCCACUGGUUCGUACCGCGCUCCAGCGCCCGCUUACAGAGCUCCUGCGGUGUCAUACAGUGCGCCAGCCACAUCCAUUUCGACUUCAUCAUCCAGUCUCGGUACCCAGUAUGCGGCAAAUGGUGGAUACAUUUAUUAA